AUGUUUGGAUUUGAAAUUCAACCAGUAAGAUCAAGAAAUUGGGAAAUUGAAGAGGAAGAAGAUCAAGAAGUUGUAUCAGUUGAAAUACCAAAACCAUCAAUUUCUUUUGUUAAUGAUAAUUAUAAAUUAGAAUUUAAUAAUAAUAAUGAUACACCAUUCAAUAUUAUUGUAUCAACUAAUGGUUCACCAUCAAUUUUCGUAAAAGGUUGUUUUGAGUCAAAUCAAUUCGAUGAAAUUGCUGAUAUUUCAUAUAGUGAUAUUAAACCAUUAAAAACAACCAAUACAAAUACAGUUUUAAAUAAUAAAUGUACAGUUUACAGACAUAAAAUCGAGAAAUCAAUGAUAUUCAUUACAGUUCAAUAUGAUUUACCAAGUGAAAGAUGUUUUGGAUUCACAGAGUUAGUUUUAAAUACAUUUAAAAAUGUUUCACAAGUUUUAGUUUUAGAUAAAAUAUUGAAUACUCAUUAUCUCUCUCAAAAUUAUACUCAUCCAAUUCCACCCUUCACAAGAGCAAUCUUUAAUUCUCUUUUUAAAAAUGAUUAUUCAUUAACUCCAUUAGAAUCAUCAAACAUUAUUGAAAAUUUAAGUGCUUCAUUUUUAACUAUUUGUCAAGUUAAAUAUAUUCCAGCAUGUUCAAUUUUGAAUUUAUAUGAAUCACAUUUAAAUAUAGAGAGUGUUCAAUCUUUUACACCAAUUGUUAAAUCUAUUUAUCCACAAUUAUUCAAUAAUAGUUCUUUAAAGCAAGAAGAUAUUACUUCACAAUUUAAAUUAAUGAUUAAUGCUUUAAACAAAAGAAAUGACAAAGGAAUGUAUAUGUAA